AUGGCAAAAGGGAUUUUAAUUGAGAAGGGACCUAUUAGAGUACCGGAUCUGGUGUUUGAGAAGGACACCAUUGGUAGACACUUUUCAUAUGCUUUUUACUCCAGGAAGUUAAGUAAUGGUGAGUUUGUUGACAGAAAGUGGUUGGUUUACCACAAAGGUGCAAACAAAGUAUAUUGUUUUUGUUGCAAGUUGUUCAAAUCAAAACUGAGCAAGUCUAUGCUAGCAUCUGAUGGAUUGAAUGACUGGAAGCGUUUGAGUGCGCGUCUCAAAGAUCAUGGGAACAGUGUUGAGCAUUUAACAAACAUGAAUACAUGGAAUGAAGUUAGGUUGAGACUAAGCAAAAAUCAGACAAUUGAUGAUGAUAUGCAAAGGGAGAUUGCAAAGGAGAAGAAGCAUUGGAGACAAGUUCUCGUAAGAAUAGUUUCUACUGUGAUUCUUGCAAAAGAUACUUUGGCUUUCCAUGGAUCAAAUGAGAAAUUGUAUCAAGAUAAUAAUGGUAAUUUUUUGGGCACGGUUGAAAUGAUUGCUGAAUUUGAUCCUGUUAUGCAAGAACACAUCUGGUGUAUUCAAAAUAGUGAAAUCCAUCAUCACUAUCUUGGCCACAAAAUCUAG